AUGCAAUACGUCAACCCACCCCAGUGUCAAUCCCUCCUCAGCGUCAACCCCUCCUCAGCGUCAACCCCCCCUCAGGGUCAACACCCCCGCAGCGUCAACACCCCUGCAGAGCCAACCCCCUCAGCGUCAACCCCCCCCCUCAGCGUCAACCCCCCACUCAGCGUCAACCCCCCACUCAGCGUCAACACCCCCGCAGCGUCAACACCCCUGCAGAGCCAACCCCCACUCAGCGUCAACCCCCCUCAGCGCCAACCCCCCCCUCAGAAUCAACCCCCCUAUUCAGAGCCAACCCCCCUCAGCAUCAACCCCCUAUUCAGCGUCAACCCCCCGUCAGCGCCAACCCCCCUCAGCAUCAACCCCCUAUUCAGAGCCAACCCCCUACUCAGAGCCAACCCCCCUCAGCGUCAACCCCCCUCAGCGUCAACCCCCCUCAGCGCCAACCCCCCUCAGCAUCAACCCCCUAUUCAGAGCCAACCCCCCUCAGCAUCAACCCCCUAUUCAGCGUCAACCCCCCCUCAGCGCCAACCCCCCCUCAGCAUCAACCCCCUAUUCAGAGCCAACCCCCCUCAGCGUCAACCCCCUCAGUGUCAACCCCCCCCUCAGCAUCAACCCCCCUAUUCAGAGCCAACCCCCCCUCAGCGCCAAACCCCCCUCAGUGUCAACCCCCCUCAGCGUCAACCCCCACUCAGCGUCAACCCCCCCUUCAACGUGAACACCCCCUCAGCGUGA